AUGGCCCAGCAGGGCACGGUAUUGCAGAAGGGGCAGAUCAAGCGCAAGCGCUAUGUAGGUUACGAAGAGCUGGCCGCGGCCGUGAACUCCAAAAGGCCACAGCACGAAUCCAAGGGGCAGAUCGAGCACGUCACGGCCGACUUGGUGCAGAUGCGCGCGCACGGUGAGCGUCUCUCCCGGUUGGCCGAGUUCCGGGACGAGAAGCUGAAGAUUCUACUGGAAGCGCUCGCCGAGUUGGAUCAGGACUCUGCAGCAGAGCAGAGUUUCCGCGAGGAGACGUUCCCCGACGAGGUUGCAGAGCACGCGGCCAGCAUCGUCUGUGACCCAUCGCCGCCGAACACGACAGAAGCCGUCGAAGUCGUGUCGUAG